AUGUCUUCACCAUCAGCUCCAAUUUGUGUCGCAAUCGUUGGAUUCAGCGGAGCAGCGAGAACGUUUCAUCUUCCACUCUUGCUCUCUUUACCUGAUUUAUUUCAUCUACACACAAUUCAACAAAGAGAAGGCUCUACUUCAGGUCCUCCAGCAGCAAAAGUAUUUCCAAACGUUCGAGUCGUUUCAACAGUAGAAGCAAUCUUUGAGGGUACAGAAGGCGAUAAAACCGGCGCAUUACCACCUCGCAGUCUUGUCGUCAUUGCAACUUCAAAUGAAACGCAUAAUCAAUUCGCAUUACAAGCUUUACGUGCUGGACAUCAUGUUGUGGUAGAAAAGCCAGCAGCUUUAACAUUGACAGAAGCGGAAUCAUUAAAGCAAGAAUCAGAAUCUCGCGGUCUCGUUUGUGCUGCUUUCCAAAAUCGUCGAUUGGAUUCAGACUUUUUGACUUUGCGUACUUUGUUGAGUCCAACACGUCAUACCAAACCUAGUCUACCUUCACCUAUUGGUCAACCGGUCACAGUGAUUUCUCGUUUUGAUCGUUACAGACCUUUUGCCAAGGGAGGAUGGCGUGAAAGUGUUUCACCAGAGAAAGGAGGAGGUCUAUUAUGGGAUUUAGGAGCUCAUUUGAUCGAUCAAGCUCUGUUCCUCUUUGGACCUCCAGAGAAGGUGACAGCAUUCGUCUCUUCUUCUCGUGGUCAAUUACCUGCUGAAGUGGAUGAUGAUUUCUUAGUUCAUCUUCAUUAUCCCCUUUCCGCUCCUUUACCACCUGACAGCGAAGCACCUGCACCCGGUACACGCAUUUCCGGACCAAGAGUAACACUCGGUGCAAGUUGUUUGGCAGCUCAUAUCAGUUCUGAACAAGUUCGUUGGCGUGUAGAAGGCACUCGUGGUAGCUUUGAGAAGCGCGGAUUGGACCCACAAGAAGAUCAAUUAAAGGCUGGUUGGACACCUGCUUCUCAUGCUGACGCUUUUGGAUCGUAUCAUGAGCGUAUUCCUGCUUCAAUGCGUCUUGGCAGAUUGACAACAACUAUGACAAGAGAUGCAUCCGAAGCACCUGCAAAUGAUGCAGGUUCAUCUGGCGCUCCUGUUCAACCUAAAUUGGUUUCAAGUUCUAUUCCAAUGCUACCUGGUAGAUAUAUUCAAUUCUAUCAAAACGUUGGACAAACGAUUCGUGAUGUCGAACAAGCAAGAAAGCAGGAGGGCAACCUAUUCGUCAAACCUGAUCAAGUGAUCAUGACGACAAAAUGUAUUUUGCUUGCACGCAAGAGUGCAAAAGAAGAACGUACAGUCGCAUGGACAGAAUGA